AUGUUGUUCCUGGCCGCUCUAAUCACCGAUCCCACCGUUGAUCUUGGCGCCAAUGGUGUGCUCGGCCUUCCCCUCCUCGACUCCACUCGUCAGAUGAAAGAGUUCCCCCUAUUCGCUUCCGCACACCCCGCCGCUGCCCCUUCCGCUUCCGCCAACGACUCCGCCAGCUUAUCUUCCGCCAUGGCGGGCGCGCCAGCUCCGCCGGUGUCGGCGACGAAGGCGGAGGCGUUCGCGAGCCUGUCGCUUUUGCUGCAGAUUGCCAUGCUCAUGGUCGCAUUCGUCGUCGGACACAUCCUGCGACGUCGCAAGGUGUACUACAUCCACGAGGCCAGCGCCGCGCUGCUCAUCGGUGCGUUGACUCUGCGUCGUCGGAGAGUCGUCUCUGCGUCUCUGCGUCUCUGUUUGUCUGGGCGUUGGUCUGGUCGUAAAGUGACUGCCUCCACUCCCUUCAACCCCUCCUCUCUCCGCAUGCCAACGCCAGGCCUCGUGGUGGGCUCUGUGGGCAACUGCAUCCUCCCACCCUCUCACCUCUCCCCCUCCCCUACUCCCCUCUUCCCCCCUUCCUCCCUCUGCGUGCCAACGCCAGGCCUCGUCGUGGGGUCCGUGGGCAACUGUAUUCUCUCACCCUCUCACCUCCCCCCGUCCUCCCCUUUCCCCCAUUUCCCCCCCUUGCGUCCCCUCCCUCUGCGUGCUAACACCACGCCUCGUGGUGGGGUCCGUGGGCAACUGAAUUCUCUCACCCUCUCACCUCCCCCCGUCCUCCCCUUUCCCCCAUUUCCCCCCCUUGCGUCCCCUCCCUCUGCGCCUCGUGGUGGGGUCCGUGGGCAACUGGCGAGGAACUCAGGAGAGCUUCAGAAGCCGUUCUUCAACGACGUUAGAGCCACUGUUCCGUCUCUGUCAAUCUCUUAUUGUGUGUGCGCGUGCGUGCCUCACUCACCACCCCUCUUCCCAACACAGAAGCCGUUCUUCAACAACUUUGGAGCCAUAGUCACCUUUUCAUGUCUCGGCACCUUCCUCUCAGCCAUCGUCACAGGCAUCCUCGUCUACGUGGGCGGAUUCCUCUUCCUCAUGUACAAGCUCUCCUUCCUCGAAGCACUUAUCUUUGGAUCCCUCAUCUCCUCCACCGAUCCUGUCGCCGUGCUCGCCAUCUUCCAGGACGUGGGGGCGGACACGAAUCUCUACGCGCUUGUGUUUGGCGAGUCGGUGCUCAACGACGCGGUGGCCAUUACCAUGUACAGGACCGUGAUGACAAUCAUUCGCAACCCUACAGCGGACCCAAGCAUCUCUGCCGCCUUCCAAUACGCCGCCAUCACCUUUGCUGGCUCCACCUCCAUUGUAGCUGCUGCUGCCCUGCCUGCUCCCUUUGCUGCCCUAGAACUGUCUCAAACGCCUCUUGCCAUUUGUUCUCCUGUACCGUUCCCUUUCCCUGUGCUGCGUUGUCUCUCCUCUGCCCUCUUCCAUCUUUCCACUGCAGGAGUAGCCGUGGCUCUCUUCUCUGCUCUCAUAUCCUCCGAAACGCGCUUUCGACCCAACUUCCUCCUCUCACGUUUCGCCCUUCGUCUCUUCCUUCACCAGCUUCCUUUCACUUCCCUUUCCUCUUCUUCUGCCUGCUUUCACCCAUCACGUUUUGAGACUUCUCAGAACCCCUCAAUUUCGUCCUUCACCUCCCAUCUCUUCCACACAUCACGUGGCUUAGAAGCUGCCCCUCCGCCCCUUCUGCACAACCUAGAGUGCUGCCUCAUCGUUCUCUUCCCCUACAUCUCCUACUUGGUGGCAGAAGGUCUUGCACUCUCAGGCAUCGUUGCCAUUCUCUUCUGUGGAAUUCUCAUGAAGCGAUACACCUUCCCCAAUCUCUCAGAGGUGGCCCAAAUCCUCUCCGCCGGCUUCUUCCAGCUCAUCGCCUCCAUCGCUGAGACCUUCACCUUCAUCUACAUGGGAACGGAAAUUGCUCUGGGGGAGCACCAGCGGUGGGGGCACAUCAGCUUCAUCUUCUUCUCCAUUAUCUUCAUAGGUGUAGCAAGGGCCGCGAAUGUGUUUCCCUGCGCGCAUCUCAUCAACCUCUUCCGCCCUCCCUCCAAGCAAAUACCCGACAGCCAUCAGAAGGCGCUCUGGUUCAGUGGUCUGCGAGGAGCCAUGGCAUUUGGGUUGGCCCUGCAAGCAACUCACGACCUGCCCAACCACAGCCAUGGGAGGGCGAUUUUCACCACCACGACCGCCAUUGUCAUGCUCACUGUGAUUCUUCUGGGCGGCAGCACGUCCACUGUGUUGGAGCGUCUUCGUGUGACGGGGGACAGAUACAGCCAGUUGAGACAGCCGGAUGACACAUCGGAUGAGGAAGAAGAGGAGGGCAGUGGCAUGACGCACGGCCUCAUACAUGCACACGAGGACACACAUGGGAGCGCGCGCGGCCAUGGGCAUGGUGAUGGGCGUGGGGGAGGGCGAGGGGGAGGGCGAGAAGGAGGGCGAGGAGGAGGGGAGCCGAACGGGGUUCCGUUUUCGCCCCAGAAGUUGGGCUCUGCUGAUGUGUAUUCCCAGCACCAUGUCAACAUCCUGCCAGAAAACCCUUCCUUUGAGGAUCUCGAUUCGAAGUACAUCCGACCGUUUUUCACUGCAGAGCCUGCACCUGAUACACGGCGCAAGGAGGGUGGGGGGGCGGACAGGGGGAGUGAGAGGGGCAGAGGGGGAGGAGUGGGAGGGGGAGUGGAAGGGGGAGUGGAAGGAGGAAAACGAGUGGGUGGGGGACUGGGAGGAGUGAGGUCACCUCAAAUCACCUCCCCACAGAGGAGGGGCGGUGUUGGUGGCGGUGGCGGUGGCGGUGGCGGUGGCGGCCUUUCGGGGAGUUUAUUGGAACGAAGGAGCUCUUUCCGGUCUGGUUCGCCCACUUCACGCAGCGCACAGGGAGGUUCGGGAGGAGAGGGAGGUUCGGGAGGUUUGGGAGGGGGGUCACCAGAAGCCACCUCCCCACAGAGGAGGGGUGAUGCGGUAGGGCCAUUUGGGAGUCCGCCGGAUAAAAAGGGCAUUUUCCAGCUGGGUUCGCCUGUGCCUGCACGUGGUGCUCGAUAA